UUUAAAACUACCAUGAUUGGCAGCAAAAUAACAGCGAUGGGGAUAUUUUUUAGAGGAAUAUUACCUCCUUUAGAGUUUAACUUCAGAAAGGACUAAGCUGUUAAGUGUCUUUUCUUGUCUUAAUUUAUAACCAGAGUAAAUCAUUAAACCUCUGUAUCUAUUGAUGUUUUAACACAAAUGAAAAGCUACAACACAACAUAACCCAGAUCCCGUCAUUUCAAAGCUGUGAAGAUUAAAUUUGCUCACUUGAACAUUUUUAUGAGCAGGUUUUAGCACUUCCCUUAAAUCCUUAAAACCUCUCUUUCAGGCAGCCAUCCACAACCUGGACUUUUAAGCUUGGUGUGAUGUCUGAUGUCUUGUGGGAAUUGUGACGCCUCCGUUGUGUUAAAACGCAGGUGAGAACUGGCUGCUACUUACAUAAAAAGGCUCCUCCACAACACAGACAAAGCACUGACAGCAAGGUUGCCAUUUGGAACCUUGGACCACCAGAUGAAGAUUUUUUUAAUUACAUUUUUGUUUAUUCACUUAAUAUUUGCCUUAUUUGUUGACUUGUACAGUCAGUUUGAAGAAUAUCUUUUUAAUCUCUUGACUUUUUUUUUAUAUAAUCUUGUUCUUCUCAGACUAUGGCUUUUCUCAUCAGCUUCAUCUUUUUGUCAAGUUGGACAGCUGUAGGUGUUAUGUUUCCCUACAAUACUCUGCUGAGAGAAUCAAGGUUUGAAUCAGAGUCGUCGGGUAGUGAACCAGACGAGCCUGUCCAGGGCGUAGUCAAGGUGGUGCAGCUGGACCCUCGUACCCUGGCCCAGUCAGGGUUCUUCAAAAGAGGACUCAUACCCAGAAGAGUGCUUCCCAAGAGCUCCAGAUUGCCUUUUCCUGCCUUUCUGUCUCGUGGCCGUCCAGAUCGGGCCCCAGCCCUCAAGGCCCCUGUAAAUCCAUUACACAUCCUGAGCCCUAAAAUUCCCACAGAGGCCGAGCUGAAGAAGAAGCAAGGCCUGCAGAUGUGGCAGAAAGUCACAGAUAAAGGAGGAAAGAUGUCACUCCCUGUCAGCUUGAAGGACACUAAACAAACCUGCACCACUGUGCCUUUCACUCAGCAUGUGACGGCAGAUGGAUGCCAAACAGUAACAGUGCACAACAAGCUGUGUUUCGGCCAGUGCAGCUCCCUCUUUGUCCCUUCCGAGGGGGAGUUUGCCGCUCUGAGCCCCGGAACCGGGGCCUUCCACCGCCGGGCCCCCUGCUCCCGCUGUGCCCCAUCAAAAGCUCAAACUGUCGCUGUGGCUCUGCGGUGUGGAGCCGAGGUUCGAGAGAAGCGUGUGAUGGUGGUGGAGGAGUGCAAGUGUGAGACGGGCCGGGAGGAACGGAGUACAGAGGCUGCAGCUUCCACACAUCUGUGA